AUGUUGUCUGAGCGCCCGCAAGAUGUGUACCGCUUUUAUGGGCAUGAAUCGUUCUUCAGAUUUGAUGCGGGAACUGCAAUACAGGGUCAACAGAAUAUCUUAAAAGAAAUUCAGCGUCUGAAUUUUAAAAACUGUAGAGCUCGAAUUCAUACUGUUAGUGCUGCUGCUACUACUGGCAGUGGUCUUGUAUUGCAGGUAUGUGGCGAAUUGGCUAUGGAGGAGGAAGAUAAUCGUCGUUUUUUACAAACAUUUGUAUUGUGCCCGCAGACACCGAAAAAAUAUUACGUGCACAAUAAUUUGUUCGAAUGGUUGGAUCGUGCUUUUCAUGAUCUUCAAGUAAAUGAAUAUAACCGAUCAUUGAGCGAAACAGUUAAUUCAAAUAGUCCAAACGAAGAGGAUUUGGCUCUUAAUGGACAUGCAUCAAUGGCAUCAAUGCAGUCAAAUGGCUCUACGAAUACUAAUGGCAUCAACGAUCAGCACCAGGAACAUACGGAAAAUUCGCAAUCAGUUGAAGUCAGUAUUGUGCAAAGUCAAUUUAUAAAAACUGAAUCGUCUGAUAAUUUGGAGGAGCAACCGCCAAUUGUCGAACCAGAGCCAGUUACUGUGGAUAAUGAACCGAAGACAUGGGCAAAGUUGGUUGGAAGUACCCCAUCAGUCACUCAAUCAGGAAAUAUGUUUGAUACUCGAGCAUCACAAGCUAUACGCCAUUCACCACCUAGCACAGUCUCUUCUGAUUUCAUUAAUGGGAAUGUUAUGAAUAAAUCAGCAAAUAUGUAUAUUGGUAACGCUAUUCAAGUGGGAAAUAAUCGAUUUCAUGACGAGGGAUGUCGUCUUUAUAUUGGUGGAAUAAUUCGAACUGUUAUGCCACAAAGUGUUGAAUUCGGUCCAGUUGCUUCUGUCAACGUGCCUCGACGUGUUUUCGAUAGUGCGGAUUCAUUGGGAAGGGUUUAUGCGUUUAUCAUAAUGAAAACUCCUCAAGGAGCAAAGAAUAUUUUUCAUGCAUCAAGAAAGGAUCGUGGAGUUUUAUAUUUGCCACUUAAAAUUGAAUCUCUGGGUUUUAUGGGUGAUGCAACUGUUUCUGAACAAAAGAAUGGUCAUAAUCGUCAAAUAUAUCCUCCAAGAGCUUCUAACAUGCAAGGGAAUUGUCGUGGUGUUUAUCCAGCUCGUAAUGGAUACGUGGCAGGUGCACGAAAUGGACGAGGAAAUGGACGAUUGUUUGGCGGAAGCAAUGAUUCGCGAAUUCCAUUUGAACACAAACAACAGUGA